AUGAAACUUGAAACUCAAAGAACACGUGGCUUAGUUGUUAAUAUGGGUCUAUCAUGGUAUAAAACAUUUGAAAAAGAAUUUUCAAAAGAAUAUUUUAAAAAAUUAGCAAAUUUUAUUGCAGACCAACGAGAAAAAGGCAUAGUCAUUUAUCCACCACCACGCCAUGUAUUUACAUUUACACGUAUGUGUGAAUUAAACCAAGUUAAAGUUGUUAUACUAGGACAAGAUCCAUAUCAUGGACCUAAUCAAGCACAUGGACUAAGUUUUUCUGUACGAAAAAAUAUUCCAAUACCACCGAGUCUACAAAACAUAUUUAAAGAACUUGAAAGUGAUAUACCUGAUUUUAUAAUACCAAAACAUGGAACAUUAUCUGGUUGGGCCAGACAAGGUGUUUUAUUACUUAAUGCUUGUUUAACUGUUGAAAAACAAAAAGCUAAUUCUCAUCGAGACAAAGGAUGGGAAAAAUUUACUGAUGCUAUUAUUCAAUAUCUUAAUGAUCAAUCAUCGAAUAUUGUUUUUUUACUUUGGGGUAAAGAUGCUCAACGUAAAGGAAGUCAAAUUGAUCCAAAGCGUCAUUAUGUGUUAAAAGCUGCUCAUCCAUCACCAUUAUCUGCUUCUAAUGGUUUCUUCAAUUGCAAACAUUUUUCUAAAACAAAUGCUUAUCUUAAAGCUGCUGGUCUUGACGAGAUUAAUUGGUCUGAAUUACCAUCUGAAGAUAAAUUACCAUUUGAUUAA